AUGAUCACAGCUUCAAGCCCUCUAAGCGCUCUCGGAAUCAACUUCGCGAGCAGCGCGCUGGAUUCCGACGAGGGCGAGGAGAAGAAAGUCCGCCGGAUUAUGUCGAAUCGCCAGUCGGCGAAGCGGUCGCGACAGCGGAAGCGCGAGCGACUCGACGAGCUUGAGGACGAGGUCGCGGCUCUGACGCAAGCGCGUGAGGAGGCGAAUCGGAAGCUGAAGGAGGCUGAGACGAGCGUGGACGGCCUUCGCGCGGCGAACGAGCGGAUGGAGGAGGAGGUAGAGCGGUUGCGAAGGGAGAUGAGCUCGACCGGAAGGCAGUCGCAGAUCUCGCCGCAGCUGGCUUCGCCUGCCGUUCCCGCAGCGGAUUUAGUCGAAGCCGUUCCGGCGUGCGACGAGGCAUCACCUGCGAAGAAGUCGCUUGGGGGGAGGCCGUCGGAAAAGGACAUUCUAUCCGCGUUUGUCCAGCAACUCAAGCCCGCAAGCACCUACCAUCCGUCAACUAAUGACGGAAUCCGUCAGCCUCUGACGCUCCUGCUGACGUCCCGCGCUCUGUACCUCCUCGAGGUGAUCAGCGAGGAUAGGAGCGGCUCGGAGGAAGACGACGAUAUCGGCACAAGAUCCGAUGAGUUUAUCACCUCUCCUACUGCCGCUGCAGCAGUAUCUGCUGCUGCCAGUGCCGCUGUUCCUGUCACGGCCCUGAAUACAGUCCCAGUGGGACUGGAAUCAUAUCUCAGGACAUCUGAGGAGGUUGAGAAUUUCGGGGAGGUUACUAACGCGGAUGUAAAAAUAAGUCAGGGAUCGCACAAGGGUGGUACUACGAAUGGCUCUUCAGAAGACGUGACAAACGAGGGGGGAGGGAUGCAGGCUGUGGUCAGUAGCGGAACAACUCUGAGCAGCCAUGGGCCGAGGGCUAGCAGAGGGAAACUGAGGCAGUGCAUCCCGGUGCUGUCGGUGGUUAAGCUGCUGCUGUCGUCGACCAAUGACAUGUUCUCCAUCGGCAUGGUCAACGAGAAGGAUGUUGUCCUGUGCACGCCGCUCGCCCCCACGAUAUGUCAGAUGGUGAUGUCAGCAUUUGCAGUGGAAGCAGCCAUGGCUGUUGAACGCGCCCUUGCUCUUAACUCCGAUCGGCCACAGCUGCCAGCAUCAACCAGCAUCCACGUGGGCGUGGUGGAUCAAGAGGAGCUGCUGGCUUUGGUACGCACGAAGAUCAAGUCCAUCCGCCCCUUCUGGGCGGCAGCAUCGGCGCGCGUCUUCCCCUUCUCAGCGCCCACCUCACCCCGUGGGGAAACAGUGGUGGGGGGUGAACCAGGGGAGGAGGCAGGCAUAUCACAAGGCUCAGCCGGUGGGGUUGACGCUCCUACAUUGAUGAAUGACGUGUCAAUGCAGGAUGCUGACAUCGUCGCCAGCAGCAUCAACGCUGACGUGGCACCUCCUGUGGAGAUCACAGAUUUCAUCCCGCUGAAGGUUCUCGGAAAGGGCAGCUUCGCCAAGGUGCUGCUGGUGCGUCAUGCCCCCAGCAGGCAUGUGUUUGCGAUGAAGGUGCUGGACAAGGCGGCAGUGAUGCGGCGACAGCAGCUGCAGCACACACUCACGGAGCGACACGUGCUGCAGGAAGUAUGUCACCCGUUUCUUGUGCCGCUGCGGUGGGCUCUCCAAUCCGAGACGCGUCUGUUCCUGAUCCUUGACUUCAUGCCCGGGGGGAAGCUUUUCUUCCAUCUCAAGCGCGAGAGGCGCUUCAAGGACGACCGCGCGCGCCUCUACGCUGCCGAGCUGCUGCUAGCUUUGGGGCACCUGCACUCGCUGGGAGUCAUAUACCGCGACCUGAAGCCGGAAAACAUUCUCCUAGACGCUCAAGGUCACGUGCGCAUCGCAGACUUCGGAUUGGCUAAGGAGCACAUUGCAGACAACUCAUCGGCCUCCACCUUUUGCGGCACACCAGAGUAUCUCGCUCCGGAGGUGUUGGGAGGCAAGGGGCAUGGUAGGGCUGUGGACUGGUGGAGCCUCGGGAUUCUCCUCUUCGAAAUGGUGGUCGGUGUGCCGCCCUUCUACGAUCGCAAUGUGAACAUAAUGUACAACAAGAUAGUGAACGCGCCUCUAGUCUUCCCUAUCACCGUCACCAACUUCUACCUUCGCGAUCUCAUUUCCAAGCUGCUGGUUCGGGAGCCAAGCCUGAGGCUCGGAGCGGGCCCCACCGACGCUGCAGAGAUCAUGAGGCACGAGUUCUUCCGAGGCAUGGACUGGGACAGGCUGUAUGCCAGGGAGGUGCCUCCCCCCUUCGUGCCCAGCAGCAAGGGCAUGGAGGACGUGUCAAACUUCGAUAAGAGCUUCACCGGCCUUCACAUCAGCGAUCCCUUGGAGCCACCCUGCUCUGCUGCACCCACUGACAACCACCAUGGCGCAUCAAAGCCCACCAAUGCCCCUGCAAAGGCCGCCCAGACCUCCACCAAUGACAAAGCUCCAGCUGGCACCGACAAAGUAAAUGGCGGGAAGACUGGGAAGGUUGGCGCAGCAGCAGCAGCAGCAGCAGCAGCAGCAGCAGCAGAUGGUGCAGCGGAGGAGUAG